GGGCAUCAUACAUAUUCAUAAAUCAUAGUGGCGUUUUGAGGAUGAACUGGUAGCGUUGACAAAGUUAUCAUGAUUCGGCUGUGGGCAUGCUGAUAGCUUGCAUUUGAUGCUAGCUGUGGCUCACAGAAGUCCAUUGAGCAGGGCGGCGGAAGACUCAUGGUGGCCAUGCUUUUCAUUGCCUUUAGUAUUGGGGUUGCUAUGGCGGCCAGUUGGGAGGAUGACUGCAUUGAACCCGUGCCAGGCAUCAAUUUUCUGCCCCAGGUGGAAAAACAGAGAACGUUUGCGAGAGGAGCAGGAGGACAUUUGACAAAUUGCGGGCGGUUGAUCUACGAAAUAUGCGAUCUAACUGCCAACAGCUUCUGCAGCAACAACUGCAAAGUGCACACUCACGGGCAGGAUUGCUAUCGGCCAGUUCCAGAGGUGAUGGCCGAACAUCCAGGAAUGGAUGGCUAUUGCUAUUUCAAUCAAACUGGUUUUUGGGUGUCUCCGUUACCUGAUAAAGAUCAGGAUUUUAUCGAAUAUGCCAAGGAGGGCAUACUUGGUCUAAGAAAGUUCGGUGGCUACCGCGGGAAAGAUAGUGGUCCCCUGAUCACUUUCAAUUUUGAGGGCCAGGUAAUCACAACCUACCUCGACGCAGGGCAUUAUUCCUAUGAUGACCUCUACGGAUACUCCUUGGGCUAUUUGCAAGGGCAGGGCCUAGAUACAGAAUUGAUCAAGAACGCCAGCGGCUGGAUAGCCAUUUCGAGGCAGAAGUGUUUGGAGAUCCAGACCAAGUACAACUUCCAAAAUGAAGAUGGGAAGAACCCACUGGUGAGGUGGGUCACAGUGAAACGGACGAGGGCACAAGAGAUUUGCGCUGAGCACAAGGCCAUAGCACGUGGAGAUCACCAGCGCAUGAUUCAGCAGCACGAGGCCUUUCUCCACCGGCGCGAUGAGAUUCGGGACCUGCACUACUGGCAGGGCACACAUCGUUGUGGAAUCCAGUAUGCCAAUACGGAUUUCGAUGCCAAGGACACGUGGCAGGACCUCGGUGGCGCUGAGAGUCCGGCGCACUGCCAGCGACAGUGCACCUGGAACCGGGGAUGUGAGGGCUUCUCUUGGAGUCGUUGGGGGUGCUAUCUCAAGCGCCUGGAGGAACACCCGAAGCACAACAGGUCCAAAGACAGCAGCUUCACGCACAAGCACGUGGAGGAGGUCUACUCGGGCUAUCCGUGCGACCGCAAGGAAUCGCCCUACCCUUGGAUCAACGACGAGCUGCAGAAGCAUUCCCUCCCAUUGCCUGAGGUGCUGCAUGGACGACCGCCGCACGUGGCCAAUGCGUCGAUGUUUUGUACCAUGCUGAUCUUGCCCUACACCUAUGAGGUGCAGCUCACGAUCAUGCAGCACCGGUCGUACUACAGCAUUUUCCUUUGCGACUCUUGGAAGGUCUACAGCAGUCAACGUUUGCAUUUGGCGCCUGGUUUGGAGACUCAUCUCGUCAACACCUCUCAGGUAGCGGAGAUGGCGGGGCAGUGGGGUACCGCUUUGAACACGGAGGCCUUCCUGGCAUAUUGGCGGGCUUUGAUUCAGGAUGGCGACUAUCUCAAGGCGAACUGGCUGGUGAAGGUGGACCCCGACACCGUUUGGUUUCCAGACCGCCUGGUACCGAUUCUGCGACAGCAGGAGCACUCCGUGCACUCCAUGGAGGAACCCGGCAUCUAUUUGAACAACUGCGGUCAAGGACUCCACGGUCCCAUCGAAGUCCUCUCGCGCAGCGCCUUCAGUGGCCUCAGUGAGCCGGCUCGAGGGGUUCCGCCGCGAAGACGCGAGUGA